GAAUGUGUCGACGUAAUUUUAUCAAAGACUCAGCGGAAAACUCCGACUGUCAUUCACAAGAACUACAAGAUUUCACGAAUACGACAAUUCUACAUGAGAAAAAUCAGAUAUACACAGCAAAACUUUCAUGAUAAGUUAACGAAACUUCUGACGGACUUCCCAAAACUAGAGGAUAUUCAUCCUUUCUAUGCUGACUUGAUCAAUGUGUUAUAUGAUAAAGACCAUUACAAGUUAGCACUUGGACAAAUUAAUACUGCGCGUCAUCUUAUUGAUAAUGUUGCGAAGGACUACGUUCGUCUACUGAAGUAUGGAGAUUCACUCUAUAGGUGUAAGAUGUUGAAGAAAGCAGCACUUGGCAGGAUGUGCACUGUGAUGAAGAGGCAAAAGCAGAGCUUAGAAUACCUGGAGCAGGUGAGGCAGCAUCUUUCAAGGCUUCCCUCCAUCGACCCUAACACAAGAACUCUCCUGAUCUGUGGUUUCCCAAACGUCGGCAAGUCCAGCUUCAUUAACAAGAUAACGAGAGCCGACGUUGAGGUCCAGCCAUACGCAUUCACGACUAAAUCGCUGUUUGUUGGACACACCGACUACAAGUACCUGAGGUGGCAAGUGUUGGACACGCCUGGAAUUCUCGACCACCCGUUGGAGGAGAGGAACACGAUAGAAAUGCAAGCAGUGACAGCGCUGGCCCACCUGCGCUGCGCUGUGCUGUACGUCGUGGACUUAUCAGAGCAGUGCGGAAAGUCACUAGAGGAGCAGGUGGAACUAUUUAUGAAUAUCAAGCCAUUAUUUGCAAAUAAGCCUGUCAUAGUUGUUGCCAAUAAAGUCGAUGUUGUGAGACCAGAAGAAUUGUCAGAAGAAAAAAAGGCAACUUUUGAUCGGUUUAGGGAGGAUGACGUCCCUGUGUUAACUAUGAGCACCCUCACGGAAGAAGGUGUCAUCGAAGUAAAAACAGAGGCGUGUGACCGACUGCUGGGCCCAGCGGUAGAGGUGAAGCUGAAGGGAAGAAAGAUCAACGACGUGUUGAAUCGUCUCCACGUUGCCAUGCCACAGCAGCGAGACACAAAGGACCGGCCGCCUUUCAUUCCCGAAAAGGUCCUGCAGAAGAAGAAACUGAUGGAGACGGGUGAUGCUGGCGCGAAGCCAAAGAAGAAAUUGGAGAGGGACUUGGAAGUUGAGCUUGGCGACGACUACAUCUUGGACUUGAAGAAACAUUACGAUCUACGCAAUCCGGAUGAACGCUAUGACGUCGUACCUGAAAUCUGGGAGGGCAAAAACAUCGCAGACUUUGUUGACCCAGACAUAUUGCAGAGGUUGGAGAAGCUGGAGGAGGAGGAGGGUCUGCGAGAGACGACUGGAGCCUAUGACGAGGACAUAUCCAGUGACGAUGAAGACAUGAAGGAGAUCCACGAGAUGGCUGCCAAAAUACGUGAAAAGAGAGGCAUCAUGAAGCUGGAAGCUGCGGAGAAAAACAAGAAGAUAAAGAUGCCGCGCACGGCGCUGAAGCGCGGUCGAAGUGCGUCUAGGCUGGAGUCAGAAAUGACCGAGCUUGGUGUUAACAUGACUGGCAAGAAUUCGUCUCACUACAAGACGUCCGCACAGGAAGGUCGUUUGAGGUCAGAGUCUCGACCUCCGGUGAAAAAGCAGCGGACAGACGUGGAAGGUCGUGUGCGAAGUAGUUCUCGUGUGCCGAGGGACCAGUCCGGUGUGAGACCCGAGAUGAAGAAGCAGGCCAAGCGGCUUGCAAAUAUCUCGCAACGCAAGAUGAACAGGUUCGGCAAAGCCAGUGAGUCGGACCGCUACAUUCCUGCCAAGAUGCCGAAACACCUGUUUUCCGGCAAGAGAAAGAUGGGCAAGACGGACAGGAGGUAGACGUUUAUGAACAGAUGCUGGCUGUUGAGCGAUAUGUGUACAGAACAAAACCUUAUGGCUGUUUGCUAGGAAAGACUGAGCACGUAGUAUGAGCUGUGUGUGUAACUGUAUUUAAUAACGAGAUAUAGUUGAUAAGAGACUAUUGCCAUCUGGUUCUGGCUAACGGAUGGUUAAUAUGAAGAGAAUUUGGGUAAUCCUGGUUAUGGUUGGAUUUUAACAAAUGUAUGCGACUUAAUUAAAUAUUACUUGCGAUUUUUAUGUUCAGAAACUGGACAGGUAAUAUUGUCCAAAAGUUAAAAAGUAAAUAAAGAUGCCACUUGUUCUGUCUGGUCUGAUUUAUCAUUAUCAAAGAGAUGAGUGGGAAACUUGGGAGAAGGUUGGAAGAAUCUGUGCAAAGAAGUUUGUUAUCGGUCAGUUGAAACUGAAAUAAAACAAAAUAGGGACUGAA